AUGGCUCGCGGACCGAGUGCGAAACGGAGGCGCUUGAGCCCUCCUGGUGACAAGGAAGCAGCUGCUUCUCGGGAUGCUGAGUUGUACAGCGGUGCCGACGAAUGGGACGCCGAACAAGACUACGAGCGUCGCCCGCGCAAAGCGAACAAAAAAGAUAACGAACGCACCCGAUUGCCCAUUAAGACCUCGGAGGGAUUCGUUCACGCAGUCAAUGAGCCCGAGGAUGCAGGCGAGGAAACCGACAGCUUUUUGGGCACCGACGAUGACGAAGAGGAGGGUUCGGGAGACGGCGAGGAUAGCGAGGAGGAGGUAGUCGAGGAGAAGAAGCCCAAGAUUCCUGUCAAGGUUCAAAUUUUGCAAGCGAAGGAGGACCUGGCUCGUAUCGCUACUCUGAUCAAUGAGGACCCGGAGGAAAACAUUGCGCUUUUCAAGACAAUGGCCGAUAUGGUGGACAAACCCGAAUCGCCCGUUACUGUCAAGAAAUUGGCCCUGGCGGCGCAGGCUGCAGUCUACAAGGAUGUCAUUCCAGGAUACCGGAUUCGUCCUCUUAGCGAAGAAGAUAUGCAAGGAAAGCAUUCGAAGGAAGUGCGCAAGCUGCGAAACUUCGAGCAGUCCCUUGUUUCAGGGUACAAGAACUACGUUCAGAAGCUGGCUACUCUGGCCAAGCCCGGCCGAUUCAACGCGGCAACCGACCCCAGCUUGAAGAGCCUUGCCAUCAACUGUGCCUGCACCAUGCUCCAGGCUGUCCCUCAUUUCAACUUCCGCAGCGAAUUGAUCAAGAUUCUUGUCAACCGUCUCGCGAGGAAGCAGAUUGAUGCCGAUUUUAUCAAAUGUCGGGAAACCAUGGAGGAGAUUUUCGCCAAGGACAACGAUGGAGUUGUCUCUCUGGAGGCGAUCCGAAUGAUGGCAAAGAUGAUGAAGGCACGAGACUUCAAUAUCAACGAGAGCGUUUUGGAUACAUUCCUCCAUCUACGUCUUCUCGGCGAAUUCGCCAGAAAGGCAUCGCGUGACCGGGUAGACCGCGACGAACCCGAGGAAGAGACGACUUUUGGCAAGAAACAGAAGCAAAAGCGCGAGUUCCGGACAAAGCGAGAGCGCAAGGUCAUGAAAGAGCGCAAGGUUGUCGAGAAGGACAUGAAGGUCGCAGACGCUCUGGUCUCCCACGAGGAGAGAGACAAGAACCAGGCCGAGACUCUGAAGCUUGUCUUUGGUGUCUACUUCCGUAUCCUGAAGCAGCGUAUCCCUAACCUGAUGGGUCCCGUUCUUGAGGGUUUGGCCAAAUAUGCCCAUCUCAUUAACCAGGAUUUCUUCGGUGAUCUUCUGGAAGCCAUGAAGGAUCUCAUCGGCCACGCCGAGCGUGAUGAGCUCGACCAGGCCGGCGAAGAUGUCUCCGAGGACGAGGAGGAAGAUGAACACCGCGAGGUAUCCGACAGCACGAAACGAGAUGCCCGCCGCGAGACUCUUCUCUGUACGAUCACCGCCUUUGCCCUGCUCGAAGGCCAAGAUGUUAGCAAAGCCGCCAGCACUCUCCAUCUGGAUCUGAGCUUCUUCAUCAAGCACCUAUACCGCUCACUCUACGCCCUCUCCAUCAACCCUGAUGUCGAGUACAACCCCAACACCUCACUGCGUCUCCCCGACCCCAAUGCCGGCGAAGAUCAUGCCACUUCCCGCUUUAAGGCCAAGAACAAGGUCAACUUCCAGACCCCGAUGGUCCUGCUGCUCCGCUGCCUGCAGUCAGCCCUGCUCUCCCGCGCACAUGGCACCCCUCCCCCAGUUCGUUUGGCCACCUUUGCCAAGCGUCUUAUGACGACCUCCCUCCAGCUUCCUGAGAAAUCAGCCAUUGCCACUCUAUCGUUGAUGAAUCAGGUUUCCAAGCACCACGCCCGUCGGAUCUCGCCUUUGUGGCACUCGGAUGAGCGUAAGGGUGACGGUGUGUUCAAUGCGUAUGCGACUGACGUGGAGGCCACGAAUGUUUAUGCGGGCUCUGUUUGGGAAGGUGAAUUGUUGCGUCAGCACUACUGUCCCCAAGUGCGGGAGUCGGUGCUCGAUAUUGAGAAGAUGAUGACUGGUACUGGCAAUGGCACUAAAUAA